AUGGUCUUGGAACUGUAUCUGGAUCUGCUGUCGCAGCCCUGUCGCGCCAUUUAUAUCUUCGCCAAGAAGAACAAUAUCCCGUUCCAGAUGCAUACCGUGGAGCUGCGCAAGGGUGAGCACCUCAGCAAUGCGUUUGCCCAAGUGAACCCCAUGAAGAAGGUACCAGCCAUGAUGGAUAGUGGCUUGGCUUUGUGUGAGAGUGUGGCUAUCCUGCUCUACCUGGCCCACAAGUAUAAGGCUCCUGACUACUGGUACCCCCUACACCUGCAGGCCCGUGCUCGUGUGGAUGAGUGCCUGGCAUGGCAGCACGUGGGCCUUCGGAGAAGCUGCGUUCGUGCCCUGUGGCAUAAGGUAAUGUUCCCUGUUUUCCUGGGGGAGCAGAUACCUCCUGAGUUGUUGGCAGCCACGUUGGCAGAACUGGAUGCUAACCUCCAGGUGCUGGAAGACAAGUUCCUUCAGGACAAAGACUUCCUUGCUGGGCCCCACAUCUCCCUGGCCGACCUGGUGGCCGUCACAGAGCUGGUGCAACCUGUAGGUGGUGGCUGCCCAGUCUUUGAAGGGCGUCCCAGGCUGGCUACCUGGUACCAGAGAGUGGAGGCAGCUGUGGGGAAGGACCUCUUCCGGGAAGCCCAUGAAGUCAUCCUGAAGGUGAAGGACUGUCCCCCUGCUGACCUCGUCACGAAGCAGAAGCUCAUGCCCAGAGUGCUGACCAUGAUCCAGUGA